AAUAGUUCGUUUGAAAUAGUGAAAACUCAGGGAAACGUCAUACUUGGACACUUCAGUUUGUUUUGUUUUUGAGACUCGGAAGCGUCUCUGCCGGUUUCUGUAAUUUUUUGUCAAUUUGAGCAUAACACAUCAUCUUUUUUUUCUUUUAUCAAGAUGAUUGAGGUGGUGGCCUCCAUGGCUCGGGGGCCUGUAUUUCUGACAGGAGAGGUGCUGGAGUGCCUCAUCACCUUCACUAAUCCAAUAUCCCAUCUCUCCACUAGUGCAAGCAGUGAGAUGCUUGCCUGGGCCAGUGCUCAGAUCCACUGCCAGUCCCACGCCAGUGAGAGCCGUGUGGCUCUGCCCACUCAGGGCACCAAACAAGAUGUGCAGGCAGAGAAUGACACUGUGCUCAUACCCAGCAGAGGAGAGCGAGGCCAGUGCAUGCUGGACACUCCGCCCAAGAUCCUAUUCUGUGACCUGCGGCUAGACCCCGGAGAGAGCAAAACCUACACCUACAGUGAGCUCGUCCCCACGGACGGCCCUCCUAGUUUCCGUGGUCAGGCAGUGAAAUACGUAUACAAGCUGACAAUUGGCUGUCAGAGGGUCAACUCUCCAAUCAAGCUGCUGCGUGUUCCUUUCAGAGUGCUCGUACUGCAUGGCAUGCCCGAGCCCCCUUUCCCGCAGGAUGAGGAAGUGUCACCCACAAACCCCUUCCUGGAAGAGGAGGAGGGAGGAAGAAGGGACACGAGACCACUAGAGCGAGCACUAGACAUGCUGAUGAUCACUACCUCACGCCGCUGUCCACAUCUGUUUAAUAUCACUAACAUGCGAGGGAAGGUGGCCAAAUUCUGUAUCUUUAAGACUGUGUACAGACUAGGAGAGGAUAUCAUUGGCACAUUUACCUUUUCAGAAGGAGACAUCCCAUGUCUACAGUACUCAGUGAGUCUGCAGAGUGAGGAAGAGGUCCAUGAGCAGUAUCAGAGGCGACCAGCUCAGGCGGUCAGUGUCACGAGUCAUGGCCGGCAUCUGGAGUCCUGCCUCCACACAGCUUCCAGCCACUUCUCCCUGCCUGUUCCUCUCAACGUUACGCCCGGCUUCAGCACUGACAUUGUAACCCUAAGAUGGCGUCUACACUUUGAAUUCGUCACAGCAAGAGAGCCAGUGGAGCUGCCUACUGUUCUUCAGAACCAAUCAGAAGUGACCGUAUGGACUGGGGCAGAGCAGGUGGACGUGGACACCUUCAGCUGGGACCUGCCAGUCAAAGUGCUUCCCACCAAUCCGGCACUGGCUUCAUAUGUUUCACAGUUCACAGGGACGAAUAGUAUCAAUAUCUGAAUUGUGUGUGUGUGUACACGUGU